AUGGUGGCAGACGAAUGCGGGAAUUUUCACUGUCAUGACACGAAAAACCCACGAGGAUCUGGUGACAUCCAGGCCCGACCCCCAUCGCCGGUCCUCACUCGGUUGCCAGUCCUCGCUCGGUCGCCGGUCCUCGCUCGGUCGCCGGUCCUCACCGAGUUGCCCUUUUGCCUCGCCUCGUUCCUCGUCGGGAUGGACGUCCUGCUCUCCCUCUUCUCACUUCUCCUCCUCGGCUGGAAGGCGCAAGGAAAAGCCGAGCAGCUGGUGGAACUCAUCGGCUCGGACUCGACGGGAUCCCCCCCCACCGGCACGGAAUUCCCCCCGACCGGCACGGAACUGCCGGAAUUCCCCCCGACCCACGGCGACAACUGCACCGACCGGGCCAGGAGCAUCUUCGACUCCUGGAGUCCCCGGAACGCCAAGAUCGUCGGGGGAUCCGUCGCUCCCUACGGCCAAUAUCCCUGGCAGGCCGAGAUCCUCCUCUACAGCCGCUCGGAGAAGCGCUGGAAGCACCACUGCGGCGGCGCCGUCAUCACCCCCCGCCACAUCCUCACCGUCGCCCACUGCCUCCGUCAUUCCUCGGACCAAUACUACCGCGUCCGCGUCGGGGAAUACCGGCUCCACGCCUCCGACCCCCACGAGCAGACCGUCAAGGUUCAGGCUCGCGUCAUGCAUCCGAGAUACCGCGUCGGGGGGCCCUACAGCAACGACAUCGGGAUGAUUUUGCUGUCGGAGCCAGGCCUCGCCUUCAACAGCCACGUCGGAUCCAUCUGCCUCCCGGAGGGGACGGAGGAAUACCUGCCGGGGACUCAGUGCGUCGUCACCGGAUGGGGACUCAGAGACCCUGAGGACUCGCGGAGUCUCUCGCGGACCCUGCAGAUGGCGCCGGUGCCGCUCAUCUCCCAGCGGAAGUGCCGCGAGCCGGAGGUGUAUGGGCUCAGGAGCCAGCGGAUCACGGACGGGAUGGUCUGCGCGGGGUACAUGCAGGGGGGCGUGGACGCGUGCGGGGGGGACAGCGGGGGUCCCCUCGCCUGCCUCGUGGGGCGGCAAGUGAGACUGGUCGGACUCGUGUCGUGGGGAGACGGCUGCGCCCAGACGAACCGGCCCGGAGUCUACACCAAAGUGGGACACUACCUCCCCUGGAUCCAGGAAACGAUCGACGCCCUGUGAUAUGUGAUACGUUAGCACCUCGCGUUCGCGGUGGGCCUUGAGGCGUGGGUACUCGCUUGUGAUAAUUUGGAACACGACCGUCCUUCCAGAAUGAGCUUUCCGUCCUUCAUUUUGAAUCACCGAUGACGCGUACAAGCUUGCUCUAUCUGGUACGAUCCGCUGGGGUCUGUCGAAAAUUACGAUCUGAACCUUUACUCCUAAAAAAAAAUAUCUGGCAUUACUGAUGAAUCGGCUCGGAUGGACGAGGUAAAUAUUUGUCCAGAUCUCUGAAGGAAUGCUUCAUUUUUCGUCGCGAUUCAUUUCUAACCGAUUAGGAAAUGUAUGACCCGAUGCCACCGUAAACCCUCAUAAGACAUGUACCCUGGAAGGGAUUCUUGCAUUUUGCAUUUUCUUUCCUUGUUUUUUUUUUGGACGCGUUUUCACACGAUUCUCACUCUGAUUCGCGACAAACGGUUUUCUUCCGUCAACAUCAACUGCCGAUCACCUCGACGAUUCGGGGCCGAAUAGUCUCAGGAAACCACAUUUCAUGAUUUAUUGC